CACUACGGUGGUCUCUGCUUAAAAGAGACGCAUCAUAUCACCAUGGCGAACCAUUACUACUUCGACAUUAAACUUAAACUUCGGGAUCCGGAUGCGGUUGUUUUGACCCCAGCGCUAUUUCGAAGCUGCGUCCUUGACGCCCUGGACAGUUUCUUCUGCGAGGAAAAGCCCACACUGGAGAUCGUUAAGUUUAGCGCCCAGCAACAUCGCGUUGUGUUUCGAGUGCCAGAGGAACUGCAUGAUAUGACACGCAUAUCCAUUGAACACAUUAGUCACUACCAGCAAAUACCCUGUCAUUUUGAGAUCUUGGAGACCUCCAAAUCCUCGCUAGACUUUGAGAAAAGCAUUGAGAAGACUCUCUCAGGGCUGUCCAGUAGUGAGGAUUAGCGAUAUGGCCAAUGCAAUUUAUACAUUUUACUGUGAUUUUACUGUGAUCAGAUUUUAUUGCCAUUCACAACGAAUCAGAUUGCUAACAGUGUUGGCUAUCAAAUGAGUAUAAGAAGCUGAGCAAACACAGCAAGGGAAAUCCAUUUCAAUGAAAGUGCAUUUAAGAUUACAUUUGUUAUGGCUUUCAAAAUUUAAUUUAAAUCAAUAAUAAAUCAAUAAUACAUU